AUGCCGCGGAGGCGGCAGAAAGGCGUGAGGUGCCGAGGCUGUGAAUUCUUGCGCUCGUCGGGCGCGUGCCACGAGACCUACAAGGGCCAGCAGGCGGAGGCCGAGUACGGGGUGCUGGCGCUGCUGGAGGUCGUGCAGGCCGACUUCGCCAACCUGGAGGCAGACACGAAGGCCUCGGAGGCCUCAAGCCAGAAGGAGUACGACCAGUUCAUGAUUCAGUCCAAGAAGAGCCAGGCCAAGAAGGAGAGGAAGAUCGAGAUGAACGACUCCGACAAGGCGUCGGCGGAGUCCCAGCUGCAGCAGGACAUCGCGGACCUCAAGGCCACGCAGGACCCGCUGAUCGCCGCCGAGGCAUACCACGAGAGGCUCGUGCCGCAGUGCUUCGACAAGGGCAUGACGUUCGACGAGCGGACCAAGGCCAGAGAGUCGGAGGUGGCGUCGCUGAAGGAGGCGCUGGCCAUCCUCAACAGCGGGGACCCUGACAUCACCACCAGCGUCUGA